AUGGAUAGGCAAACAUCAUCUUGUGGAAGAUACGUACCCAACAUCAUUUUCAAAGAUGAGAGCGACGCAGAUACAUUCACCCGGAGAUUGCUCCCCGACCCAAAACAGUGCGUCUCAAUUUCGCUGGCUUCACGCAUGGAUAGGAAUCGUAGCUGCUCAUGUGACUCCCUUGUGCCCGAGUAUGUUGUAAACAGUAAUCCUCGGGGUUCUCUUGUCCCGAAUCUUGGCCGCUUAUCCCCCAGUAGCCCCGUGUCCGAGACGAUGUGGAGCCCACGACACUCCCGUGUACUGAACAGUUCGCUCAGUCCACAACAGUCCCUUAUGCUGCAAGAUUUCUCUAGUUACAACCGCAGUCCGGGAAAUAGUCCCGUGCGCGGGGCUACGAGUCCCCGAAUACCGUUUAUUUCGGAUAGUGGGAUAAGCAGGAACCAGAGAUAUUCACUGAUACCCGGCAUGUUGACGAGCCCGAGAGGCAAUGUUAUCAAUAUGGAGUUCAAUAGGGAAUCUAUACGUCAUGAGAUAAGAUCGGACUGGAGUAAGGAGGUGACAGUAGGAGUCCACGCAAAUAAAAAGGGGAGAACUAUACGAGGAUUCAACGUAUCGGACUAUUUAAAUCAGAGUCCAUAUAAUUCGACCAUGACGAAGAUGCCGAAUCGCUCAUCCUGUGCUAUCGCGUUUGACGCAAACGAUCGCAUCUCUCUUGAAUCUAUAGAGAUGCACGAAAUGCAGAGCAACAGGUCACCACGUAGCAGCAUAGGCAAGGGCAAUCUAUAUCAGGAUAGUUGCCAGGGUUCCAUCUGUAGUCUCAACAUAGACUCUACAAGGAGAAGUCCUUGCGGUAGCAUCGGAACAGUUGCCGGCUUUAACAAGAGCCCCAGAGGUAGAUUCAACUGCUUUAAUCAAGACAAGCAGAUAAGUGAGGCUGGUUACAAUGUUCAGGAAUUCAGAAGAUCCUUUGGAGAUCAAGGCUGUUCACGUAACCGAUCUACUUCACCUUAUCGACAUGAGCGGGAUGUAUUAGGAAGCUCUCAAUUACGUGUAAAUACAGAAACUCAAGUGCACCUCGGCUAUGGAACUACUAAUUCCAAGGUUGACUCAAGACGAUUUUCAGUCGCAGAAUCACGAAGGUUGUACAAUGAGAACAUAAACAAAUCUGAGAAAGGCAGUAUUUUAUCAAGUAGACCUACUGGUGCCGCUGCCUAUGGUUCUUUUAUUUUCGAGUUGAAAGAUGCGUACCACGAAGCAAAUGGGAUGUGCGAUUUCAUAUUUCGCGGUCUCAAAGUCUUGAGCAAAACUAUGUUUGUCAUCGUUCUCCUCGUCAUCUUUUCCAUAAUACCUAUUCUUAUGUUCAUAAUUGGUAUACAGUUCAUCAAAGAUUGUCCGCGCGAACCAUAUAUUCCAGUUUAUAUGAUAGUUGGUGGCAUCCUUGGAGGAAUUCGUAUGUUCUGGACCCUUUAUUCUCAAAUCCGUUUAAGACGUGUACGAACCUUCACCGUACCGACAACCAGAACCCCCAAUAUAACGCCUCUGAAGUUAACCUCCAUUGCACUUACCUGUUUUCUUCUUGUAUGGUUUGGAUUUGGAAAUUAUUGGAUUCUUAGUAUACGAUGGCCCAACUACAAACCAAUGUUUUAUGAGCGAAAUUUAUGGUGUGAUAAAACACUUUACAUCUUUUCUCUAUCACAUUUAUGUGUAGUUUACAUAAGCAUGUUGCAGUCGUACUGGCAUGUAUAA